CAAGUAAAAACGUCAGUCAGAGUGAGAGUGUCUCUGUCUGUGUGUGUGUGUGUGUGUGAGAGAGAGAGUGUGUGUGUGUGAAGGGAGCCACAAUCUGCUCCCCCUCGCCAGCGCUUGCCUGAACUCAUGAGGCAGCGCGGAGCCCUUCGCGCCGAGAAACUCCAACCUCGCUGGCAACCAUCGCAGCAGCAACAGCAGCAGGCUGCCUGCUGUUUCCCGGGAAGAUCAUGAAACGAAGUCGACUUCCCAGCAGCAGUGAGGAUUCUGACGACAAUGGCAGCUUGUCAACCUGGUCCCAGCAUUCUAGACACCAGAGGAGUUCAUGCUCCACACAUGAAGAUCGAAAACCAUCAGAGCUGGCAACCAGCAACCUUUCUUCUGGCCAGGAGAUCAGGGAGCUCAGCUGCUGCCACAGUCCCUGCCAGCGUCAGGUGUUCAGAACAGACUUGAUCACUGCCAUGAAGCUACCUGACUCUUACCAGCUGAAUGCUGACGAGUACUAUGUGCUGGCAGAUCCCUGGAGACAGGAAUGGGAGAAGGGAGUUCAGGUGCCGGUCAGUCCAGGGACCGUCCCAGAGCCAGUAGCCAGGGUUGUGUCGGAAUCAAAAGCAGUUACAUUUAUGAGACCUCGGAAAUACAUCCUUUCCUCAGGUUCUGAGCCCCCUGAACUUGGUUACGUCGACAUUCGAACGUUGGCGGAAAGUGUUUGUCGCUAUGACCUUAAUAACAUGGAUGUAGCUUGGUUGGAAUUGGCCAAUGAAGAAUUUAAAGACAUGGGGAUGCCUGAAUUGGAUGAAUACACCAUGGAGAGAAUUAUGGAAGAAUUUGAACAACGAUGCUACGACAACAUGAAUCACGCUAUUGAGACUGAAGAAGGACUUGGUAUCGAGUACGAUGAAGACGUUGUCUGUGAUGUUUGCCAGUCUCCAGAUGGUGAAGACGGCAAUGAAAUGGUGUUCUGUGACAAAUGCAAUAUUUGCGUUCAUCAGGCAUGCUAUGGAAUCCUUAAGGUCCCAGAAGGCAGUUGGUUAUGCCGAACCUGCGCUCUUGGUGUUCAGCCCAAGUGUUUGUUGUGUCCCAAGAAAGGUGGAGCCAUGAAGCCAACUCGAAGUGGGACUAAAUGGGUCCAUGUUAGCUGUGCCCUUUGGAUUCCUGAGGUGAGCAUUGGCAGCCCAGAAAAGAUGGAGCCUAUCACAAAGGUCUCCCAUAUUCCCAGCAGCAGAUGGGCUCUGGUGUGCAGUCUUUGCAAUGAAAAGGUUGGGGCAUCGAUACAGUGUUCGGUGAAAAAUUGCCGCACAGCUUUCCACGUCACUUGUGCAUUUGACCGUGGCUUAGAAAUGAAAACUAUUCUGGCUGACAAUGAUGAAGUUAAGUUCAAGUCCUACUGCCCAAAGCACAGUUCCACGAAGAAGCCGGAAGAGGAAAACCUCAAUGAGUUCAUCAGCCAGGAGAAUGAGAAUGGAGCACAGGACAGUUCUCCUCCUGCUCACCUGGAGCCAUUUGACAACAUGGAUCAAAACCAGGAGGAGGCGCAUAGGGUGAGCGUUCGUAAGCAGAAGCUUCAGCAGCUGGAGGACGAGUUCUAUGCCUUUGUCAAUGCUUCAGAAGUAGCCAAGACGCUGCAGCUUCCGGAAGACACUGUAGAAUUCCUGUAUCAGUACUGGAAGCUGAAGAGGAAAUCUAAUUUCAACAAACCUUUGAUCACCCCAAAGAAAGAUGAAGAGGACAAUCUGGCCAAACGGGAACAGGAUGUCCUGUUCAGGAGACUACAGCUUUUCACCCAUCUCCGGCAGGACUUGGAAAGGGUACGAAAUCUUACGUACAUGGUAACACGACGGGAAAAAAUUAAAAGAUCUGUUUGCAAAGUCCAAGAACAGAUUUUCAAUCUCUAUACAAACCUUGUGGAACGUGAAAGAGUUUCAGGUAUGCCCUCUUCCUUUUCUACCAUGGAAAAUAUGGUGCUGUUCAACAGUUCACCUUCGGGACCAGAUGCACCUAAGAUAGAGGAUCUGAAGUGGCAUUCAGCUUUCUUUCGGAAGCAAAUGGGCAUGUCUUUGAGUCAUUCACUGAAAAAGACACAGAAGAGAGAACGGAUGAGGCAUGAUGACAAGCCUUUGCUCAAGCAGCCCAGCCAAAGGGAAGACCUUGCAACUCCAGCAAGCUUUUUCAGCUUUGAAAAGUCCUUUGCAGAAGCACAAAUCGGAUCAGCACAACAGAAGAAUGGGGUUGUUACAGCAGACCACAGGAAGAGAAGAGACAAUCAUUCCCAUUGUGACAUGAUGAAGGUAGGACUGAAGGAAAAACCUUCCAAACACAUCCCCAAACCACUGAGAUCUAAUGAACUGACUCAGAGGCAAUUGGAAAACAAGAAGGCAAUGAACCACCCGAGUGGGAGGUCAGCGCCCGGAACCAGGAGGGAUACGGUGCCUAAAUACAAUGGAUCCUUUUGCAAAAUAAACUAUCACCCAGCUCCAGUAAAAGUGCCUACUACGCCAAGAAGCCCUGUAAAAAACUGGGGAGGAUUCCGAAUUCCAAAGAAAGGGGAGAAGCAACCGCAAGGGGAAGGGCAGGAGGACACAUGCCGACAAAACUACCAUUACUCGGGCUUGGGCCGAGUUUCGCCGAAGGACAGGGCAAAAAACAACCUAAAGGUGGACAGCGAGAAUGACGGGUAUGCCCCUGAUGCCGAAAUGAGUGACUCAGAAACUGAAGUGGCUGAGAACAAGUGCCGGCAGCAAAGGCUUGGUUCAAACAGUACUAUUGCUAGGAGGACAGACAUUAUUAGGAGAAGCAUCCUUGCCUCCUGACUGGAGGGUGAGACACAGUAGUAGCACUGGAAUGAUGUCAAUGAUGUACUCAGCCUGGGAAAAAAAAUCCACUCUGCAUUAGUUAUUGGUGUGACGGAGAGGAAGGUUCUUUCAGAUAUGGCUACAAGAUCAAACUGCAAACCAGUCCCUCUCCCCUCCGGCAGUAGAAACAUGUUUACAUGUACUUGACACUAAGAGUUUGCCCUCUGCUUAUCCCCUUUUUGUGCGAUUUGAGCCUCCUUUGUUUGCAACUGUUCUGCAGAAAUCAUCAGAAAUUUUUUUUGACCCUAUUAGAUCAAUAGGCUGAAGGCUUAAAAAAAUAGCAAGGGGGGCAGAUUUUGGGUAGGGGUGGGGGAAUACUUGAGAUGGAUAGCACUGAGGGCUUUUUCCUCCCUGCCCUUAAAAGCACAAGCUGUUGGUAAAUCAAGUGUACGAUGAACGAAAUAAGUUGGGUAUUACCAUCGCGUAUUGCUUAACCCAUUCUAAAUUGUCACUUUUGUCAAGCUGUGCCAGGACUGGGUCUUAGCAGGCUAGUUUUUGUUGUUGUUGCUUUAAAAUUUAAGGGAUGUGGGCAGCUGCAGAUCUUUGUAACUGCAGAAGGUUUCUCAUAUGAGGCCUGUCAAAUAGGUAAGAAAAUCUUAUGGGGACUACUAGAGAAAUCUAAAGGGACAGAUCAAAGCUGCCUCAUAGUAAAAGAACAGCAGCAAAUAGUGCUACUCAGAAGGGACCCAGACUGAGACACAACUCCCCUAACUGGGUGAGUAAAAAUGUAUUUUAAAAACUUUAUCUUAUUCUAAGGAAAGCAGGUUUUUUAGCUUGCUGUCCUCUCCUGCCCAUCCAGGUACCUUCCCAGCUAGAAUAUGAGAACAAUUCAAGUGGGAAAGACUGAGGGCAUGUCUGUACUGCAAAUAUAAAUAGGUUUUGCUGUUGUGUUUCCGUUCUCUUUGCCACUCAAGGAUCAUGGGAAUUGUAGUUCUGUAACGAGCAACAAAGUUUUUAGCAAAUAAUUAUCUUCAACUUUCCCAAACUGCAGUUCCCAUGUUUCCUUGGGAAAAGCCAUGGCAGAUUAACGGGUUGAAAUUUCGUGAAGAUAUGCCCAAAUUUCUAAAGGCACUGGUCAGUAGCCUUUCCCAAUGUGCACUAAUGGUAUGUGUUGGAUAUGCAAAUUUCUGACACAUAAGGGUUACUUUAAAUAAGAGAAGGAUGUAAUAAAUAUAUAUAUAUUUUUGAAAAAAAAAUGGAAAGGCAAUAAGAUGUGGUAGCGCUUUACAUUUAAGCCAGUUUAACAACAUGAUUUCAAGGAUACAAAUUAGAUUUGAAUAAGAAGGCGCUUGUGUUCUGAUUACAUAAUUUCAAAAAUAUUGCAAUAACUAGAGAGAAUAAGCCAUCAGCAAUAAGUAGAUCAACAGAUCCUUAGGAUUCUAUUUUCCAUACCCAAGGGGGUGCAUUUAUGGUACACAACACAACAACUGGUAGAUUUAGGCUGCUGUGAGCUUUAGGACACAACUCUGCUAUAAAAUCAGACAUAAACCAGUCACGUGAAAGUUUAAGUAACAGAUUAUUGAAAAGCUAUGAACAUCCCUCCUCCCAAUCCAAUAAAACAUCAUUAUUCAGUCUUGCACUAUUUUCUUUCUAAACCCUUUCCUAAUGAGAAGUAUGUUUCUGAAAUCUUGCAAUUUGACUCAAGUCUUCCAAGGGGGUUUCAGCUGAGAAAAACUGGAUUGGUGAUAUUCCAUCUUGCUAUGCGAGCCACUAGAUGGUUAGCAGUUGAGGCAGUUGACACAAUACAUUUUUUCCUUCUGUACAUGUGUUCCUGAGUUUCUCAGGAUUGAGAAAUGUAAUGUGUGAACUCGCAAAUAAUACUUAGUAGCAAUUCCCAUGAAAUCAUGUUAUGUGUGAACCAGCCCCCUUGGUAUUCAUUCCCAUUUGCCAUUGGAACAGAGGUUGAUCAUCCUAAAUACAGCAAGGGUGCAAUUCAGACAGCCCUUUGAGCCACAGUUUAGGAAUGACCUACGGGCUCUUGCCACCAUCAUCAUUCUCUCCUCAUUGCUUGUUUCCCUUUUGUUUCUUGCAGAGGCGUAGCUCCAAGGGGGUGCGGUAAGGGCGUUCCGGGGUCGUGGUGGGGUUGUUCCCGGACGGGGGCAGAGGAUACACCAGUGCACCAGGCACUUUCCCCCCUUGCUACGCCUCUGGUUUCUUGUUUAGCAUUAACUAUUGUUUGGUCUGAUUACAAAUGAUCCUGUUAAAGUACAGUUAGCUGUUGCCGUCCAAGCAAGAACAAGAAACCGUGGUGGGCCUGAUGAUUUUUUUGAUACCAUGACAAACUGAUGAAUAUUAUUAAAUAGGGAACCAGAAGGAGAGAUGCGAGGGCAUGAGGCUGUGGCUUGAUGAUGAUCCUUCAGUUUGAACAUCUGUAUAAUAACCCUUGCACAGUAGCUGCUGUCACAUGCUGGGACUUCAGUGUAAUACACAAGACAGUUCUAUGUGCUUCACUGCAUGAGAAAGUCCCAGCAUAAAAUGGAGUUGCCCACCUGGUGACCUCUGUAUUUUCGGUGGAGUCUUUCAGAUCAGGAUGAACAGGAUUAGCAAGUAUGUUAAGAUCUUUGGGUCCCAACCGUUUUCGGAUACCACUGGCGAAGAAAAAUGGUGGCCCGCUUUUGAUCAAGACUACGCAUACCUUGCAAAUUUGUUGAGCAGGUUUGCUGCUUGAAAAGCAGUCACAUUCUUAUUAAAGUAGAAGAUUAAGGAUAUGAGAAAUGUAUUUGCUUUUUCAUAGUUCAUUUCAGGUGAGAAUUGAAUAACAUGUUAUCAGUUGGAUUGCCCUAUAGGGAGUUAUUCAUCAAGCCAUAAGGAGGAAUGAAACAAAUUUGAUUCUAUUUGAAACAUUAUUCAAUGUUACGACCAAUUUUGAAAGAGUUAUCAGAUAACAUUUGCACUAUUAGGAAUGCUAGCAUUUGUGCAGAAAGAAUGCCUUAUCUGUUUUGCUCCCCACCAUGUUUAGGUUCAUAAGCUUUGUGAUAUUUUGAAUAAUGCUGAACCAAAAAUAAAAAAAAAUGAAAAGAAAAAAAUAAUGCUUUCCCCCAACCUCUAUUUGCGAAAGUAGGGUAAAAUAUCAGUACAACCAGCUGUAUAAGUUAGUUUCACGCCAUACUUAGUACUCAACAAAUGAAGGAUCGUAAAUAAAUCAGUAAUCUUUACCUAUCACUGAGUUUGUUUAGUUAAUAUGGAAAUGGUUGAUGAUUUCUUGUAACACUUUGCCUUUUCCUUAUGCAGACUGCCCAAGCAAUCACUUUGAUUAUAACUGGUGUACUACAUUGAAAUGUAGACUAACACACUUCUAUAAUGUGGACUGGAAUGUGGUCUGUUAGGUACUGGGCAUACACCAAUAUGACAUGAAUGAAAGAUUAUAAAUGUCCCAUGUGUAAAAAAAAUCUUAAUUAUUUUAAAAUUUUGGAAAAAAAAUCAUUGCAUUUGUAAAACCUUGUACAGAGGAUUUUUCACUAUGUGCCUAGCUUUGGUGUCCAUUUGCUCAAAUCUGAAAACAGGUGCAUGAUGACAAAACAGAUAGAAUCAGAUAUAAAAUAUAUGUAGAGAUGACUAUUUUAUAUUACAUGGCCCAAUCCUGUAUUUAUUUUCCUCCCCUUUUGAAGUAUUUAUAAAGACCUAGUUGAAGAUGGCUGUAUUUUUUGUUAAAAUAUUUAGUAGAAUUGUGCCUUUGUCUGUAUGUGAAUAAAUGCUGUACAUUUUGCAAUACA